GUGAGGACCCACCUCUAACCUUCACAGCUCAAUAGUAUCCUCAGCUCGACCACAGCGCACUCAAGGCGAUACCGUGCUUAACACUCGUCUCGUACACUUUCAAAAUGGCCACUCGACGCAUCGUUGCUACUGAAAAGACCUUCCUCGAUAAGGAUGAUCCCGUCGAUGAGCAUUCUAGUACUGCUCCUGCCGUUCCCAGCCAAGUCAUCUACAAGCUUCUAGCAUUCACUUUCGCCAUGAUCGUGGUCCCCAUUGGUUCCUAUUUCCUCACUGUUAAUACCGUCUUUCGUGGAAACUCUUCUCUUGCUGGUGGUUUAGCUGCUGUCUUGGCCAAUGUCGUCCUGGUGGGAUACAUUAUCGUAGCUAUGAAAGAGGACCAGUCGGACAAACAAAAGCCAGAGAGCAAGAAGGACAAGUAGACGCACCGUCAUCAAUAAAAGUUGAUUCACUCUUUCAUAAAUUUCUAUCCGGCCAGACGAGAGUCUCAGGGGUAACCGUCUCAAUUAUUUUCUCAC